AUGCGCGGUCAAGCGCCUCUUCUCAGGCUAUCUCAAACAACAAGGCUAACACGACCAACCACCACAACCCUCUCCUCGAGGCCAAGCUUUGUUUGCUGGCAAUGUCGAACAGUUCAGAUUAGCGCCUCCCCCACCAACCGGCCAGGCCCCGAUGCCUUUGACGCAGGCCGCGCUGCUCAGACAGAUGCCCAAUUCGAGGUUAUUGGCGCUCCACAUUCCCUGCUGUCGGUUUCCCUCUCGGCAUCCCAGCGGCUCUACACAAGACGAGGUACCUUGGUGUCAGUAGGCGGCAAGGUGGAAAAUCUACACUCCGCCCUCUCGAUUCUUUCCCCCACGAGCCGAGCCUUUCUCGGCAUCCCGUUCCUCUACCAGCGCAUAACCUCCACGAGCCCAGUUACCGCCUUAAUAGCCACCAAGUCCGCCAACACAACCUUCUCUAUCCUCCGUCUCGAUGGCACAACCGACUGGAUGGUUGCGCAAAGGAAUGCGCUUCUUGCUUGGACAGGUCACACGUUGAGAUUAUCGCCCCGCGUCCAACAAGGCUUGUCGCUGGCACACUGGGGCAACACAUACAUCACUGGCCGAGGGUUGGCGGCUCUCUCGGCGCCAGGACAGGUCUAUGAUAUGGUUCUCAAGGAAGGGGAGGAGAUUGUUUUACACCCAUCACACGUGGUCGCUUAUACCAUCAACAAGAACCCCCCACGGCCCUUCCGUCUCAAGAGCACCACCUUAAGCUUCCAAAUUCCCACCGUCCCGAGUUCGAUAAAAGCCGCCUCCCAGAGGUUCAUGCCCGACCGAGUGGCCAGAUUCUGGAACGCUAUGCGCGAUACCUCGAUCUACAAAGGACUUGCCAGCUUCCUGUUUAGCCUGAGAACGGCCACCAGAAGGACGAUAUGGGGUGACAGGCUAUUCCUCCACUUUCAAGGGCCGAGAACCAUCCUCAUGUCCAGCCGCGGUGUUCGGGUUAGGGAUGUCUUGACCAAGGACGACGUCAAUGAGAUUGCAGAUGCCAAGGCGGGCGUGGUACCAGAGGCUGUUGAGCUGACCACUCACCCCAGGAUUCAGGACAAGAAGGCGGAGGAUCAACCGACCAAGAUUCACAUUGCCAACGUGAAGGGGGAUGGCAAGGUCAGCUUUGAAGACGCAAAGUCUCUGAAUGAGUUUGUGAGGUGA